AUGGGUUCUUGCUGCUAUGUCAGAGAUUGUAAACAUCACUUUUUCAGGCGGUAUCGGUUUCGUGAUGCCAAGUGCCCCCAGCACCAGAACGUAACACAGCUGAGGCUCAGUGUGCUGCAUGCUCUUCCUCUCUGCAAAAAUGUUGCAACAAAGCUUUGGCAGGCUGCACGGCAGCGGUCAGGGCUGAGCAGCACGACGAAGUCUUCACUCCUUCUUCGUCUCGGCCAGCAGCGAAAACCCAGUUCCGGCGGCUCCCGGAGCUAUCUCACCGCCCAGCUGGAAGGAGGGCCCUGGGGCGCGGCGGCCCGAGCGCGUUGGGGCGGGGGCCCGGCCCCGCCCUUGCCGCCAGGGGAGCAGCUGGGAGCGGCGGCUCUGGGAGCGGCUGGCGGCAGCGCGUGGUGUGUAUCUGCCUGUGAGUUUGUGGGGCGGGCAGCCAUGCGGCGCUGGAGGCUCCUUCUCUUGCCGGCGCUCCUCGCCGUCCUGGUCUCCGUCAGAGGCCAAGAUGACUUCUCCUUAGAAGAUGCACUUCCAGAAGGAAAUACAAAGAAGCCUCCUGUAACUCAGAAGACACCAUCAUUAGAUGGAGGUGAUUUGGACUUGUCUGAUGCUUUUGAUUUUGGUGAUCCCAAGCCACAUCCUCCUGCAAAUCCUAGUGACACUGAUAAGCCCAAGCAAGAUCAACCUAAAGACUCUGACAAAUUUGAUGAUUCAGAUCUAUGGGAUGGCAGUUACCCAAGAGGAGGAAGUGAUGGCAGUGGCAGCAAUGAACGGAAGGGUCCAAAUCCAGAAAGUGGCCAAGAAGGCGAGGGUUCUCAGGGAGUAAUAGCUGGAAUUAUAAGUGCUGUGGGUGCUACUGUAGUUGCAUCAGUAGGUAGUUUCAUUGCUUACCAGAAGAAGAAACUCUGUUUCAAGCAAAGCGCAGAUGAAGAGAAUGUGAAUAUGGAUAGCCUCAGGGGAGCACAAUCUGAGCCACCUGUUCAGCGCACACUUCUGGAGAACUAAAGGAAGAGUGGUGAAGAACAGAUCUUUGGAACUGGAUAAACAACCUGCACUCUGCCAAAAAAAAAUU